AUGUCUGAUCUUGAACAAAAGACUUCUGAGAUUACAACCUCGCCUGACCAAAAGGUUCAGGAAGAAACAGUCUCAUGCGAAGGACUUGCACCCACUCAAAAGGAAUUAGACAAGCUCUACCGCAAGCUUGACUACCGAAUUAUUCCAGCUUUAUGGUGCUUCUACUUCCUUACCUCGUUCGGCUCAAAUGUUUACGGUGUCACAUUGACCAUGAACCGUAAAGAAGGUCACUCGUUGGGUCAAAGACUCAAAUUGACAGCGAAGGACACUUCCACUGCCUCAGCAUUGUAUUAUGUGGGAUAUAUUAUCUUUGAUGUGCCCAUGAACUUGGUCAUGACAAAAGUCAGCCCCCAGUCAUGGUUGGCUAGAAUCGCAAUCACUGUUGGAGUCGUUUACACAUGCUACCAUGCGUUAGAGAGUCCUGGUGGUCUUAUUGCUGUCAGAUUCAUCUCUGGUAUGGUCGGUGCUGGAACAUGGCCCGGUUUGUCGUACUAUGUUUCCUUAUGGUACCCCAAUGAGCGUCUGACGAGACGUAUCGGAUAUUAUUUCACUGCUGCUCAAAUUUCUGCUGCUGCUGCCGGUCUUGUCAGUGCCGGGUUCCAGAAGAUGGAUGGUGACAGAGGAUACACUGGCUGGCAAUGGAUGUACUUGGUCUACGGAUGUGUGACUAUUGCUGUUGGAAUCUCGUUGAUGUGGUGGCUUCCUGAUCGUCCUUUCAAAGCUCCUUCCGAGUCAAAGAUAAAGCGCUGGUUCCAGCCAAAGCAUCCUCUCAACGAACAUGAAAAACUCUUGCACAGAAACGACCUUGAACACCGUUACAAACGUAUUCAGUGGUCCAUGAAGGAAGUUGUCGAGGUUCUCACGGACUUGCGUAUCUGGCCACUCAUCAUUAUGUACUUUGGUGUUGUGGGUACCGGAUUUGGUUUAGCUGUGUUUGGUUCCACCAUCAUUGCCGCAAACAACCCAAAACUUUCAUCCAUCGACGUUUCGCUUUUAUAUGCGCCUAUCUGGCUUUUCGACUUUGCCGGCAUUUUGAUUGUCACCCCUUUUGCUGACAAGUUCAGACACCUUCGUGCGCUCUUCUUUAGCUGCUCGUGCAUGAUUAUUAUUGUUGGAAUGUUUGUCACCACGUUCGCCCACGGUUCAUGGAACAAGUAUGGCGGUUUGCUUAUUGCAGGUUUUGGCCUUGGCCCUACCGUGCCCAUUUGUAUGUCGUGGACUGCAGAAAUAUUUGGCCCACGCUACGGAGACGUUGGUAAUGCUGUCAGUGCCGCUAUUGUAUCCGGCUUAGGAAACUUGGGUUCCGUCACCUCCACUUACGCUUUGUACAGAGGAUGGCCCGAAGACCAGAAGAGAUUAUACAGAGAUUCUAAUAUGGUGUUAGUUGCUAUGUUGGGUAUCAGUAUCAUUGCUUCUGGUGUGUGUCAUGUUAUACGCAACAAGGUGAGACAAAACGUCAAAGAUUAG